AUGCAUGCUCAACUUGCUCUUAUUGUUGCAGUCGCAUCUGCCGUGACUGCUAUCACGUUCAACACUCCGUCUAAUGUCGUCAGCGGUCAACCAACGACGAUCUCCUGGACAUCUUCUUCGACGGACCCUUCAACGUUCUCCAUCGAGCUUGUCAAUGCCCCGCUACUCGGCAAUGAGAUUGCCAUUGCCAACAAUGUAGCGACAUCGUCGGGCACCACCACAGCUUCCAUCCCUGUCGUUCCGUCUGCCGAUAAUUACACAAUUAUCGCAGUUGACAUCAGUAACAUCAACAAUGUUUUUGGUACAAGUGGUGCUUUCGGUGUGACGCAGCCCGUCAGUUCGUCGGCCUCCAGCACCUCGAGCAGUGCGGUGAGCUCCGCUGCUUCAGGUAGCAGCACCGCCCCGGGGCUGUCCGCCGGUUCAUCAGCCGCAACGAGCGCCGCCUCAAGUGCAUCUAGCGCCGUCAACAGCCUUUCCUCGAACAUCGUGUCCGCUGCCAGCUCGGCCGCGUCAUCAGGCGCCUCGAGCGCAUCACAAUCCGCCGCCGCCGCAUCAUCGUCCAGCGCUAACUUCAACGCUGCAGUCGGUGUGCAUUCGAACAUGUACAUCGUUGGCUCGUGUGCUGUCGCGGCUGCUGGCGUCAUAGCUGUGCUCGCGGGCUUCGCUCUCUGA